GAUUUACAUUAUAACACUAACGUUUUCAUCAUGCGUAAACAAACUGCUGAUUAUCUUUGUUAAAAGAAAUCAACAGCUUUUGCAAUUCUUGAAGACGGUUAUGUGUCAGACUCGAGAUGGACGACUAUAACACGUAAUUACUGAAUAUAUUAGUUACGAUAUCAUAGACGUGAUUUUGCUUCGAAUUUUAAGUACAGCAUUACACGUAGUUUGAAUAUAACCAAUAUGUCAGACGUUAAAAGCCUUGAGCACCCAACGUUAAAGGUUCCUUACGAACUACUUAAUAAAAAAUUUCGGUCAGCUCAGAAAACCUUAGAUAGAGAAGGUUCACAUGUAUUAGCAGCAGCCAAUGAACUAUUAAAAAAUGAUGGGACAGGUGUUCCUGCAGGAGAAAUAAGUAGAUUAUUAGGAGGAGUUGUAGCAAAACUUCAGGUUUUGAAAAGGAAGGCGGAAGAAUCUAUUGCAGAGGAGUUACAAGCAGGAAUGGUCUGCAAAAGACGAUUGGACCAUUUAAAAGAGCAUGCUAAUACGACUCCAAGUGUUGUAAACCAAUGGCGAAGACAGAGACUUGAUAGAAUGUUGAUAGAAUAUUUUCUUCGUAAGGGUUACUAUAAAACUGCAACGAAACUAGCAGAUAGCAGCGAACUUAGAGGUUUAACGAACAUAGAUGUUUUUAUGGUAUCGAGAGAAGUUGAAAAAUCUUUAGCAAACCAUGAAACUGCAAGAUGUGUUGGAUGGUGCCAUGACAAUCGUUCUAAGUUACGAAAAUUAGGAAGUACUAUGGAAUUUAAUUUACGUGUACAGGAGUUUAUACAGUUAGUGAGGGCAGACAGAAGACUCGAUGCUGUCAAGCAUGCUAGAAAAUGUUUUGCUAAUUAUGAUGAUUUUCAAGAAUUACAUGAGAUACAGUGUUGCAUGGGUCAGUUGGCGUUUCCAGCUAAUACAUCUCUUAGUCCAUAUAAAGAUCUGUUAGAUGAGAAAAGAUGGGACAGAUUGAUUGAACAAUUCAGACACGAAAAUUAUAGACUCUUCCAAUUAGCAAGCCAGAGUGUCUUUACAGUAGCUCUGCAAGCAGGUUUAUCAGCACUGAAGACACAUCAAUGUUAUAGCGCAAAUAAAGAAGGGAGAAAUCCGAAUUGUCCAGUGUGCAAUGAACCUCUUAAUGAAUUAGCUGCUCCAUUGCCUUUUGCUCAUUGUUCACAGUCCAAACUUGUUUGCAGUAUUAGCGGCAAACCAUUAAAUGAGUAUAACCAUCCAAUGAUGAUGCCGAAUGGAUAUGUAUAUGGAGAACAAGCAUUAGAAAAAAUGGCUCAAGAAAACAAUGGUACUGUGAUUUGUCCGAAAACCAAAGAAGUGUUUCCAUACAAAAAGAUAGAAAAAAUUUAUGUUAUGUAAAGUUUACCGAAUCAGAAACAACUUGUACCAUACGCAAUAUAUCAUUCUUCUAUUCUAAAUGUUUAUUGUUUAAUACUGUAUACCAUUAAUAACAAAGGGAAUAACAUCUAUUUUUAAGGAAAUACUUUAUUGCGAAUUUUAUUUUGUGAUUACCUACUAAAAUAUAAUAAGAAUUGACAUGAACAUUAUGUGUUACGAAACAUGUUAUACUUUUUCAAUAUUAAACGGUGUGCAGACUAUCAUAA